UCCUCUCCUUCCCGCGCAGGCCGCUGCCCGGAGCCCCAGCCUCGCCACCAUGAGACUCCCGCGGGCGUGCCUGCUGCUCUGCGCUCUGGUCGUGAGCAACUGCGAGGACAGCCGUGCAGACUCUGGAGCAUCAAGCUGUGGCUGUCUGAAUGGAGGAACAUGUGUGUCCUACAAGUACUUCUCCAACAUUCAUCGAUGCAACUGCCCAAAGAAAUUCCAGGGGGAACACUGUGAGAUAGAUACGUCGGCCACUUGCUACCAGGGAAAUGGUCAUUCUUACCGAGGGACGGCCAACACCGGCUUCACGGGCCGGCUUUGCCUGCCCUGGAACUCUGCCAAUGUCGUUCUGAAAACGUACCAUGCCCACAGACCUGAUGCCCUCCAGCUGGGCCUGGGGAAACACAAUUACUGCAGGAACCCAGACAACCAGAGAAAGCCCUGGUGCUAUGUGCAGGUUGGCCGAAAUCAGCAUAUCCAAGAGUGCAUGGUGAACGACUGCUCUGCAGGAAGAGAUCCUCCUGCAAACGCAGGGUUUCAGUGUGGUCAGAAGGCUCUGAGGCCCCGCUUUAAGAUUGUCGGGGGAAGAUUCACCAACACUGAGGACCAGCCUUGGUUUGCAGCCAUCUAUAGGAAGCACCGUGGAGGUUCUGUCACCUACGUAUGCGGUGGCAGCCUCAUCAGUCCUUGCUGGGUGGUCAGCGCCACACACUGCUUCAUUAAUAACCCAAAGAAGCAGGACUACAUUGUCUACCUGGGUCGGUCAAAGCUGAACGCCAACACCCGGGGCGAGAUGAAGUUCGAGGUGGAAAAGCUCAUCUUGCAUGAGGACUACAGCGCGGACACUCUUGCUCACCACAAUGAUAUAGCCUUGCUGAAGAUCAUUUCCAUCUCGGGCCAGUGCGCACAGCCAUCCCGGUCCAUACAGACCAUCUGCCUGCCCCCCAUGGAUGGGGAUGCUCGUUCCGGCACAAGCUGUGAGGUCGCUGGCUUCGGAAAAGAGAACACCUCUGACUACCUCUAUCCAGAUCAGCUGAAAAUGACUGUGGUGGAACUGGUUUCCCACCGGGAGUGUCAGCAGCCCCACUACUAUGGCUCUGAAGUCACCACCAAAAUGCUGUGUGCUGCUGACCCAGCGUGGACAACAGAUUCUUGCCAGGGAGACUCAGGGGGGCCCCUGGCCUGCCCCGUUCAAGACCGCAUGACUCUGACUGGGAUUGUGAGCUGGGGCCGCGAAUGUGCCAUGAAGGACAAGCCAGGUGUCUACACGAGGGUCUCACACUUCCUGUCCUGGAUCCGCACUAACACCGGGGAAGAGAAUGGCCUAGCCCCCUGAAUGGCCUAGCCCUCUGGGGGCCCCCAGGGAGCCAAGGGAGGAGAGGAGCAUCACCCACUCCCACGCUGACCGUCAUUUUUGCAGUAGCUCCAUCUGCACCAGCCACAUAUAAGGAAGAGACUGAGGAAGAUAGGCUCUGCAGAGAUGGUUUUGCUUGUGCUGCCCACCAGGGUGAGCAGCAAUGGCUUUAUCCGCAGAUUCAGGACUGGGUGCUGGAUGCCCAGAUCCCCUCUGGCCAGGAUGGAGGGGUGGUCCUGGUCCAGGAUGGUACUGACCAGUAGUUUGUCUUUUUCUGGAUUAAAGCCUUCUGGAGAUAAACAUGACAUCUUCUAUGCAUGGGAAGGAGAGGUAGCUCCCCCAACAGAGGGCAUUCAUGAGGCCUAUUAUUGGGAAAUGAAUCAUUUCCCAAUUAGGAAGUGUAACAGAACUGAGGUGUCUUGAGGGAGCUUGGUCAAUGUGGGAACAGUGGUUUGGGGAGCAGGGACAUUAAUAACUUGAGGGUAGGGCUCUGACAUUCCAUGAAUGUAUCAGGAAACAUUAUCUAUGCAUGUGUAUAUUUGCACACUUAUGUUCAGGCUGUGAGGAGUCAGAAUGAAGUAAGAGCUGGUGUUCCUGUGUCUAAUUGUAAGUCUAGAUAUUUCCCUAAACUGUAUGGACUGUGAUGCCACAUAGAAUGACCAGUCAGGAGAGGUCAUGGGUCACUCCUGGGGCCUCUUGGGUCUCCAAUGUGAUGCUGCCUAGGAAUGUAUCAUUCUGGGCAUGGCUCGUGACCAGCAUUACAAUUUCAGUUUCACUUUCACAUAAACGUCCCUUUCUUGGAGAGUUGUCCCUUCUGACCUAUCAGCCAAAUGCAUCCAAUCCUCACUGAGUGGGGUGAGGACCACUCCUGUACACUGAAUAUUUAAUAAUUAUAUUCUGCUAUUUUUAUUUAUAUCUAUUUUUAUAAUUUUGAAUAAAGAUGAUUAAUAAAA